AUGGCAGAAUCAAGCUCAGCGUUCCCCAAUCGCCCCCAGUUUUCUGGCUUCAUGAGACCUUGUCGCGUCGAGGGUGAGGCAUGCAACCUCGAAGUUCUGGGGAAGAUCCCAAAAGAUAUCGACGGUGUUUUCUUUCGGGUGAUGCCUGAUCCCCAAUUUCCUCCCUUCAUUGAAGAUGAUCCUUGGUUCAACGGGGAUGGCAAUAUCUCUGCCUUUACAAUCAAGGAUGGCAAGGUAUCGUUUCAGCAGCGCUAUGUGAGAACAGAAAAGUUUGUACGAGAGCGUGAGGCUCAACGAUCACUACUCGGAAAGUACCGGAACAAGUUCACCGACGCCGUGGAAUUCAAGGUCCGCACCACGGCCAACACAAACAUCGUGUAUUUCAACGGGCAACUCCUCGCCUUGAAAGAGGAUGCCCCUCCGUACGCGAUGGAUCCAAUCACACUAGACACCAAGGGACUUUACGAUUUCGAAGGCCAGCUCCCGAGCCUGACAUUUACAGCGCACCCCAAGUUUGACCCGGAAACAGGUGAAAUGAUCUGUUUUGGGUACGAGGCUCGCGGUGAUGGCACGCCUGAUGUGUGCUAUUACAAUGUUGCCCCUGAUGGCAAAUUCACCCAGAUUGUGUGGCUGGUGGCUCCAGUCGUGGCGAUGAUCCAUGAUUUUGCUGUCACAGAGAAUUGGGUUGUCUUCCCAAUUAUCCCCCAGCUCUGCGACAUCGAGAGGAUGAAGCAGGGUGGUGAACACUGGCAAUGGAGCCCAGAUACUCCACUGUAUCUUGGGGUUCUCCCACGGCGUGGCGCCAAGGGCACAGACGUAAAGUGGUUCCGUUACAAAAACUCAUUCCCCGGCCACACUGCCAACGCAUACGAGGACGAAAACGGCAAUCUGGUCAUCGACCUGGGUCUCAGCGAAAAGAAUGUGUUCUUCUGGUGGCCAGACGCCCAAGGCAACGCGCCCGAACCAAGCUCAAUCCAUUCGAACCUAGUGCGCUUCACAUUGGACCCGCGCUCGGAAGACCUCAACCUAGACGAACCGAGAGCCCUUCAAUCCGCCAACUCUGAAUUCUAUCGGAUUGACGACCGCUUCGCCACGCGUCCUUACCGGCACUGCUUCUUCGAUACUAUGGAUCCCAGACUAGGCACUGAUUUCCCGCGCAUAGCGCCGAAUCUGGGGGGUGGAUAUCCGCUGUACAAUGCCCUGGGCCAUCUCGACACCGCCACGGGCAAAACGGAGGUCUACUUCCCUGGAAAUACACAUAUGGUCCAGGAGCCUGUUUUUAUUCCCCGGAAGGGUUCGACUGUUGAAGGUGAUGGGUACGUAGUCGCACUCGUGAACAACUAUGAUACGAUGUCUAGUGAGUUACACCUGCUGGACACGGCUUCCUUCACAAAGGCCACAGCAAAGAUUCUGCUUCCGGUGCGGCUACGGCAGGGAUUACAUGGGAGCUGGGUCGAGGGGGAGGAUCUUCGUUGCAUACCGCAGAAAUGA